UUUCUAUAUGAAUGUUUGGAGCCUUUCUUGCACACAAUUGUUUAUCCUGAUUGUAACAAUGACGACUCGUCCCAUCUUAGAAAGCUGGACACAAAGACAGAACUUAUUAGUUUCUUGACAAUUUGUAGACAUGCAUUGGACCUUGGUGUUAUUGCAUGGAUGACUGGUUCAAGUAUAUCAACUACGAGUAGAAUUUUUGUAGGAUGGUGUGUAUUCCUGAGCACCAUUUUUGAGUCUAUUGACCUGACCCCAUUACCUGGAUUUUUGAAUGACCAUAUGUCAAAAUGUUUUAUGGAGUCAGGAUAUGGUGAUACUGCUCUCAUAGGAUGCAACUGAAAUUUGGAUCUCUCAAUCAGAGAACUUUGAUAUUAAUAAUAUUACAUUCUCAAACUACAAGAACCACACUACAGGGAAGAUAUGUUUGUGGACCCUUCCUCCUUGUUUUUUAGUCAAAUGUACCGAUGCAUUUCCUUGCAGCAUUAGUGAUGCUGACAUAACAGAGCAAUCAUGCGUGCUAGAUACAGUCACAAAAGGGAAGACAGUUAUGACUGACAAGGGCUUUAAUAUCACAGAUAUUUGUCAUGAGAAAGGCCUGUUACACAAUAGACCUCCAAUGAAAUUUUCUCAUCAAUUCGAUGAGACUGAGGUAGUAAAGAACUUUGACAUUGCAACAUUGAGGAUCUACAUUGAAAACUACAUAGGAAGAAUCAGAGAUUGGCAAAUUCUAAGCAAAACUUGGCCAAGCUCAAGAAUUGAUUUACUU